GAGCGAGCUGCACUCGGUGGCGGGCAGGCGGGCGGGCGUGGAGCAUGGCUCGGGUCCUGCUGCUGGUGCUGGUGCUGGUGCCGGUGCCCGCCCUGCUCGGGGCCGGCCUGUACUCGGCGGCGGACCGGCUGGCGCUGCUGCGGGCGGAGACGCUGGAGCGGAGCGUGCUGGGCUCGGCCGGCGCCUGGGUGGUGGAGUUCUACGCCUCCUGGUGCAGCGACUGUAUGAACUUCGCCCCCACGUGGCGGGCGCUGGCCGCCGACGUCCUGGCGUGGAGACCGGCCGUGGCCGUGGGCGCCGUGGACUGCCAGAACGAGUGCAAAACCAAGGAGUGCGGGAACUUCGACGUGCCUGUAUUCCCGACACUGAGGGUUUUCAAACCUAAUUCCACAAAACAAGAGGAUGGAAAGGACAUACAUGCUAACACAGAUGUUUCGGUCCUGAGACAAAGCAUAAUCACCAACCUGGAGAAAUACAUGGAUCCCUCACUUGGACUGAAACCUGCACACACAGAGGAGGUUCAUGGCUUCUUUCAGAAAAACAAUGUCAUGUACCUGGCCUUGAUCUUUGAGAAGAACGACUCAUUUGUGGGCAGAGAGGUGAUCCUGGACAUGCAGCAGUAUGAGGACAUUGCUGUCAGGCGAGUCCUGAGCAGUGAGAAGAAGCUGGUGGAAGAGUACAAUGUGACUACCUUCCCUUCUGCCUACCUGCUUAGCAGCAAUGGCUCCUCUGCCAUCAAAGUGCAAGGGGAGACACGAUCCUCCUACACCUCCUUUCUGAGGGACCGAUCUGGCUCUAAUAAGAAGACUCUAAUGUUAAAAGUCCAGAAUGAAAUAACACCUCCUCCUUCAAGGGUGCCAGAUGAAGAGCACCCAACAGAAGCAACCCCUUGGAAGUACACUGACAGAUCCAAACUGUACAUGGCUGACCUGGAAUCUGUGUUGCACUGCUCCCUGCGAGUGAAUAAGGCCAAAUUCCCUGUCCUGAAGGGAGAGCAGCUGGAGACCCUGAAGCGCUAUGUAGCAGUAUUGGCCAAGUACUUUCCUAAACAUGACUCUCUCAAUGAAUUCCUGUACUCUCUGGACAACUCACUGGAGAACCUGAAAGAAUCUAAUAUUUCUCACAGUGAUUUGGAGGACGUCUUGAAGAAAAGUAAUCCUCCAGCAGUGCUGAGAAAAAAAGCACGGUGGAUGGGUUGCCAAGGCAGUAAACCUCACUAUCGAGGGUACUCCUGCUCUGUCUGGGUCCUCUUUCAUCUGCUGACAGUGCAAGCAUCACAAUAUGCCAAGCAGGAUGCAGAUCCAUUAGAGGUCCUUCAAACUAUGCGAGAAUUCAUGCAUCACUUCUACUACUGCAGAGAUUGCUCAAAGCACUUCGAAGGAAUGGCAAAAGAAUCCAUGGACCAAGUGAAGAGCAGAGAUGAGGCCAUCCUCUGGCUUUGGGAGAGACACAACACAGUCAACAUGCGGGUGAAAAACCAAUCAAAUGAAGACCCCAAAUUCCCAAAGACACUUUGGCCUCCUUCAAACUUGUGCCCCUUGUGUCACAACAAUCUCAAUGAAUCUCCAUGGAAUAAGACGGAAGUCCUGAGCUUCCUCCAGAGGCAUUACUCACUGACCAACAUUGAGAACGACGAGUUGACCAGGCACAGGCGGGAAGUGGAUGAGGAAGCUCACAUGAAGGGCAAGGAUCAUAGGCUACUACGGUACAAGGGUGAAGAGAGAGGAUGGAACAAAAGUGAGCAGAAAGAAGGAGAAGAAAGGAAGGCAGAGCAGGUGGACAUAGUGGUGAAGAGAGAGGUUAGUGGUCUGAAAAGGCAGACCCUAAAGGCUGCCAUCUUGGCAACCAAGAAGAAGCAGUGGAUGAACAAGAGGGACACCAUAUUGCUGUCAAUAGCAGAUGAUGGCCACCGGGCUGUUCAUUAUGCUACUUCCCAGGAGUACCUGAGGCAGCGUGGGCUGUAGUCCAAGCAGCAUAUCGGCAUGCUGAAGGAAGGAGGAGGUGAUGGCCUGAGGAGGAGCCAGUGGUUCUGCGUGCUAGGACUGGGCUUCUCCCACCUAGACAUAUGCCUGUGCAUUGUCCUGUACUUCUUCUCCUCCAUGUGCCUGCUGGGACAUAUACACCUUCUUCCACAUAUGGCUGGGGUCCAGCAAAGGCCACCCUGGCUUCCCCAUGGCAUGAAGCCUAUGAGAGGAGAGCAGCUUAAAAUUAAAUCUGAAUUUAAUACAAAAUAUGACUCUGAAAGCAUUCAAAUAAAAAAUAAAUACACUAAGUCCACAA